GAGAGAGGUAACCAGGCAACUUCAGCUGGAGCAGAGAAAAAGAAGAGGAAAAAAAGAGCGCUCAAAUCCUAAUACAAUUAUUUGGCAAUGGGAAGGAUGUAGUCCAGAUUUCACAAUGUCCCUAAAAUGGGAAACAGGAUUACCUCUGCUUUAGAAACAGCAUGGACUUUUCAAAUACCAUUAGUGGGAACUAAUCAGGUUUUGACAAUGAGAAGCAUGGGAGAUCUAAAAGCACACACCAACGAAAAGCACUCAAAGAGAGUGACUGAGAUGCUCUGUCUGGGCUAGAGUAUCUGAGGGACUGAUUCGCAGUCUGUUGGAGAGCAGUUCUAAAUGAGCCUGUGUGUGUUAUUGGAUCUGUUUGAAGAGGAAUAAGGAUUUAAUAGGAUGUCAACAGAGACGGAACUCCAGCCAGCUGUUAAAACCAGCACGAGAAAGGAGUCCAAGAAGAAAGGUCAGGAUCGGAGCGAGACAGGUCUGAUCAAGCGCUUUAAGGGGGAUGGUAUUCGGUACAAGGCUAAGCUGAUCGGGCUUGAUGACGUUACAGCAGCAAGAGGAGACAAGCUAUGCCAGGAUUCAAUGAUGAAGCUAAAGGGAAUUGCUGCAGCAGCCCGUUCAAAGGGAGAACACAAGCAGAAAAUCUUUUUAACAGUCUCCUUUGGGGGGAUCAAAAUCUUUGAUGAAAAGACAGGGGUCCUUCAGCAUCACCAUUCAGUCCAUGAAAUAUCGUACAUAGCCAAGGACAUCACGGAUCAUAGAGCCUUUGGUUAUGUCUGCGGAAAGGAAGGGAAUCACCGGUUUGUGGCAAUAAAGACUGCACAGUCUGCCGAGCCGGUAAUACUUGAUCUGAGAGAUCUCUUCCAACUCAUCUAUGAGCUCAAGCAGAGGGAAGAGAUGGAGAAGAAAGCACAGAAGGAUAAACAGUGUGAGCAAGCAGUGUACCAGACCAUUUUGGAGGACGAUGUGGAGGAUCCUGUGUACCAGUACAUUGUGUUUGAGGCUGGACAUGAACCAAUCCGUGAACCAGAAUCAGAGGAGAACAUUUAUCAGGUCCCCAAAAGUCAGCAGAAGGAAGGGGUCUAUGAUGUUCCAAAGCGGCAAACAGUGAGUAACAGGGAGACCCUGGUGGAGAUUGAUGAAGACCUUGGCAAGGUCACGCAGAAUAUCAGCCAGUUACAGCUGUUUGGUGACAUGUCGACUCCUCCUGACAUCACCUCACCUUCAACCCCAGCAUCACCUGCAAAUACGCUUGACCCAGGUGUAUUGCACCAGCACCCCUCAGAAAUGUUCGGACCAUUCAACCCUGCUGCUGUACCCUCAGGUUAUGUCACGAUGGGAGCCAUCCAGCCUGCACUCUGGGGGCAGCCAGUGUUUGGAGCCCAACAACCCAUGGCCUUCGGAGCCCAGACUCCAGUUCCUCAGGUGAUAGGGGCCCAGCCAAUGAUAUGGGGCCAACCCAACCUUUUCCCUGCUACCCAGCAGCAAUGGGCUGCCAUGGCAGGCGCAUUCCCACCCACUGCCUUUAUGCCAACGCAAACUGUUGCACCCUUGCACGCGGCAAUGUUCCAAAGCAUGCCUGCUACCAUACCGGCCGUGGCCCCCACCUGUGACUCUGCUGUGUCCAGCCCCCAGGGGGAAAGGUCAAAACAGAAGAUGUCUAAGGAGAUGUUCAAGGAUUUCCAGAUGGUCCAGCCCCCACCCGUCCCAUCGCGGAAGGACGAGCAGCCCAUCCUGGCCUGUACCUCAGAAGCCUUCUCCAACUAUUUCAGCCAGGUGGGGGUGGCGCAGGACACUGAUGACUGCGAUGAUUUCGACAUCUCCCAGAUGAACCUGACCCCGGUGACCUCCACCACACCGUCAACGAAUUCGCCCCCAACCCCUGCCCCGAGGCAAAGUUCACCGUCCAAAUCCUCAGCCUCGCAUGCCAGCGACCCACCAAUGGACGACUCCUUCGGGGAGGUCGAGGAGAGCCCCAGUCGGAGCGGAGAGGAAGACACUGCCGGUGGAUCUCAGGCCUCCUCUAACAGUGAUCCACCUGCAGAGCCCUCUGGUGAUAGCCUCAGCCCUCAGGUCGGUAGCUAGAGAGUGCAGGUCAGGGAGAACGAUCCUCUCUAUGCCCAGAUUAACAAAUUGAAGAAAUAAGUAUUGUGGAAUAGCCAGCUUGUUGGUGCUCUACAAGACCUUCUCUAAAUGACAAUGUUCCCUGCCAGACUUUUGGAUCUCAAGGCUCCGUCACUCUGUGUUCUGCAAUGCUGAUGCAGAUGGAUUUGCUUCUCUGGAUUAGUCCUCUCAAUGCAGCCACCAGUUCAUAAGCAACUUAUGAACUUGCCAAGUGCUGCACAAAUAUAAUAAAGGGGGGAGCCAGAUAGCACUGUUUUUUGUUACUCAAUCGAUUCCCUUUUUUAGAAGAAACAAAAACAAGUUGUCAUUAGUUGUCACAUUUUGAGCAUCAUUAAUGAAGGGCAGUUAUCUUUUCUGAAGACUAAUUACUGCAGCGUCUCUGUUCAAAUACAUGACAAAUGGAUACAUGGGAGAAGAUAAGAAAGAAAUGUGUCACUUUAGCCUACAAAUCAUUGUAUCACCAUAUCACAAUAAAGGUGGAAUAUUCAUCAUGAAUGGAAGUUUUUUUUUUUUUUUUAAUUGAAACACGAUUCAAGCGUAAACUGCCAUUAGAGAGAAAAUGAAAUGUCUACUGGUUCAAGUGGAAUAAGAUAUUACAUGCAUUACUUGGAUGACCCUGUUCCACUUUUGGAAUAAUGCUCAAUGCGCUACUUUAAUGAAGAAAUGCAAAUUCUUUAUUUUUUUUGGUUUGAUUUUCUGCUGCUCCAGUGCUAUGCAGAAAAGACUUAAUCUGUGCACCCCUUAUUGGAAGACACAAUGAAUAAUUUGCCAAAUAACUCUUAAUUCAGAGAUUGAAGGGAGACGAGUUAUCUUUGCAACUGGACAAUGAGGCAUGGAUUUUGCUACGAUUUUGUGAUUGAACUGUUCCUUCUCUAUAGCUUUUGUACAAUACUAAUACAAAUGAAAUUGAAAUGGAAUUUUUAUUUUAUAAGUCAAUUCUGCUGUUGGAGUCAACUCUGUAUGUGUUUUAGGGUAAAAUGGCUUUAAGGCAUCUGAACUUUGAUUUGCCAAAUUUAUUUUGUAAAUAGUGUUUUAAAAGUCAUUCUCUCACCAGGACUCUCACACUGUAAAGCAGGCAGCACUAAAUGAUGCAACAUUAGCGGUGAUCAAAACAACAGCAUGAUCCUUAAGUUCUAAUAAUUAGGAGUGCCAAAUUAUCAAGAUGCUGUCAUGAUGUUGUCUUGCUGCUUAUGUAGCUGAACUCGGUUCCCGCAGGCAGGCGCAUCACACAGAGCGAGGAAAUCCACACACAGGCGGAGGGCGGGCGCGAACCCGGGACCUCUUGCACUGAGGCAUAGCGCCGAUACCGCUGUACAAAAGAGCCGGCUCCUUUGCAAGGAGCGUAUAUCGGGCUUAUGUCUCUGUGUGUGAUUACGUCACCUACCAACCCUACUGCUGCCUUCCCCCAUGCACGCUACACUUACAGUAUGUUUUACCAAAAGGCUUUCUGUCCAUUUGAAGGGAAAUACUGAGGCUAUGCAUGUACUGUGUGUCCGUCAAGCAUGUGAAUACGAGUUACACUCAGUGAACCACACACAUCCUUAGCGAAAGUGCAGUACCAUCAGUGCUCACCUACUGCUGAAACACAGCGUAUAGAGAGAACAGAUUGAUUUACGGGGACAGGAGGUAUGUACAUGUGCAAGGUCAGCUGAGGUGUUUUACAGUCAGAGGACUGGCACCCACAGAGAGCCCUGUGCCCUGAGGUCUAGUCCGUACCUCUCAAUGAACUCUCAAACCCUGAAAAGUCAAAAUCUCCGUUUAGCUGUCGUGGAUUGGAAACAACUUUUCCAGAGCUGAUAAGAAAUCUCUAAAACAUGCUCACAUGCAUUUCGACUAGGAAUGGUCUAAAAGUGGAUUUUAGAGACAGCUGAUUCUUAUGUGGGAGACAGUCAAGGUGCUGAAUAGAUCAGUGCUUGUAGUCAUUGCCAACACACUGCCAUGAUCUCCCCCAGGAGCAGCAGUCGCUGGGGGUUCAUUAAAGCAUUCCAUGGUGAACAGAUCAAAGCUGCCAUCUCCAAACUACAAUGCAUUCCCCCAGAUCGCCACCAGGGACAUACUGUGGAAAAGUGUUUUAUGUGUGAGAAAUGCAGGGACCUACACAGAUGCUGCUGGUCUAAGACUUUUGAAAUGGUCUGUAUACAGGGAUUCAUCAGAGCGGUCACUGCAGAUUGCUAGCCCUUCAAUACAGGAUUUUCUGUUCUGUGUGAGGCAUUUCUCUCCUAAUUCCUCAGAGGUACUCAACGACGUUGUGGCUAGUAAUAGGAAAGCAAUGAGUAAAUCUCUGUGCUUAAUGAUGGUAUGCCAUUAUCAGUAUCUGCUAAUGACUGACUUCAUUAAUACUGAGCAGCCAUCCAUAUUUCAUUACAGGUGUCCCAAGCCUCUAUAUUUAUGGCAUUGGUUUGAACAGAAAUACCCAUGACCGCCAUAGAGCUGUGGACCAUCAUGCUUUCCAGCUUUCAGUCUCAUUGUUUAUUUAUCGGUGUGUUUCAGCAGAAGUGUUUUGCUCAUCAUCUUAUGCCUCUGCUGCAUCACCCCGGCAGGCUAUAAAGCAUUCAUUAAAUUCACUUGCCGAGCAUGGCGAGGGACUGGAAAGAAUUUUAAAAUGCAAAGCCGAACUGCAUUUCAUUUAAAGGCACGACUGGAGUUGUUUGGUUGAAAAUACAGACUCUGCUGCAUUUUAUGAUGCAGUUUGGGUUAAAUAAAUUGGGGAAAGAAAUGAAAGCAACACUUGCUGGGAAGCACAUUUGGAAGCUGUGAUCACCCUGAGGGCAAGUAAUAAGGCGUUUAGUGCAAUGAUGAUCAUUUUAAUUGCUGCUAAUGUGUUUUGAAGCCAAGAUGCAACAGUCUUAAACAGUAUAACUCUUAUAAUGAGGACUGUGAGUAUAUUUCACUGUGGAUAAAUCAAACCCCCAUGUUCAAGGUCUUUCCUUAGCACUCUGAGCACUGCAUUGUAUCAUGCUGCAGUUUAUUCAAGUGCUACUGCAGUAGAUCUAUGCUGUAAGGGGCUGUAACAGUCACAGCUGCUUCUGCUUAUCUCUGGUCCAUAGCACUGGCUGCUCAGAUGACUUGGUCAAUUUUGUUUGUAAAAUUAGCCCGGGCAGAAUAACAGCCUUUGGAGCCAUUGGGUCAGUCCUCUGCAUCAAAAGGCUGUUCUCAGGUUUCAAAUACAGUAGCUACAGUGUGAUUCUUUGAGAAGGUGGUCCUUUGAUACCUGGCAGCACAGGGCUGUCUAAUUGGCUAGGAGGCACCAAGCAGGUGCUAGCUAGAUGGGCUCCAACCCUUCAUCUGCAAGUCACAGGCCUCAUCCUUUAACUUAAUCCUAACAUUCAAAUCACAGGCCUCAUCCUGUAACUUAAUCCCAACAUUUAAAUCACAGGCCUCACCCUGUAACUUAAUCCCAACAUUCAAGUCAGAUUGCAAAAUUGUUAACCAAUAUUCUCCAGGAUUUAAUACAACCAAUUUGAAAUUGUCAGCAGAUUUUUAAAAUAUAUUAUCAUUUUUUAUAUUAAUCUAACUUUUAAAACAAAUUGAGCAGAGUUGGUAUAAAUAGGUCAUUAUUCUGCUGUUCCAGUUACCAAAAUACAAGUCUGCCAUCCUAUACAAAACCUGUGUGCAGUAUCACUACAAUAAUAUAUAGGAUGCCAGAUUUUAGACACAGUAUGGUACUUUGAAAUCCAGUAAUAGUGCUGUGUAAUAAAAUAACACUGCGUAAAAGAAUCAAGCUACGGCGUCCAAAUUCAUUAAGUAUAGCAGUACAGAUUAUAAUUUCAAAACGUUCAUGAACCUCGGACAGACAGACAGAAAGACAAGCAGACAGACAGACAGACAGACAGACAGACAGACAGAUGGACAGACAGACGGACGAGCGGACUUGGUUCUCAGUUCUCUUAAAACGAUACAUUUAGAAAGACAGACAGAGGGCUGUUCUACAGGAAAGUGAAUUUGUAAUGACUUGAACUGUAGGUUCUUUCGGUAGGACUGUUUCUAAAAGGACAUGCUUUAGGUGGGAAAAUAAUACAUUUUGUAGAGGUUCUUCUCCUUUUUUUAAUGCCCUUUUUGCAUCAUUUUAUUGCUCAUUGUUUUAUGGUGAGAGUUCUAUUUUAUUUCAUAUCAUUUUCGCGACUAAGAACAUUUAAAAUGAAGGAAAGAAAAGGGGAACAUGACUGUUUGAGUACAUUUCUAGACCUAUUUUAACUUUACCUCAGCUAACAGUUUGUUAAUGUAAAUUGACACAUUAUUUUUAACUUUAUGAAUACUACAUUCUACAGUGAAUUUUUAAAAGAUGUUUUUUUCUGUUGAUUUCUGUAACCCACCAUGUAAUACUGUUACAAAUAAACACACCCUAAAAGCA